AGAUCUGCGGUAUGAAAACGUGGCUUCACUAGGGACGAUAACAAUGUCCUCGUUGAGCGUUUCCUUGGCUGAAGAAGUUGAAAAAUGCAAGAAGGACAAACGACUUAAGUCAAAAAAGAAAAAGGCUAUAGCUUUACUGAAUUUGAUUGAACUGAAUGAUAGUGAUGCACACUUAGCUAAAAGACCCAGGCUUCGUCUGUCAGAUAUUGAUACUUCAAAGAAAGAUAAUGCUGUAGUUAUAUCAACUGAGGAUAAUGAAGCACCCAGUCGACAGAAGAGUAUGCUGGCAGAUGAACACUAUGCUAAAGCACUUGCAAUCAACAAAGAACGAACGAAAGCAGCAAUGGAGAGACCGAAGAUAUUUUUGACACUUGAAAACCUCUUGCCUUUCAAAAGCAGCGACACAACCAGCAGCAUAUUGCAAGAUUCAAAGAAUGUUUUGCCACUUUAUAUGACAGAUUUGCAGCACCUCCUUUUAUAUGCACUGCUGAAAAAUUUGACCAGUUACAAACCAAGAUGGUGUCGUCUGCUUAGACCAUGUAAACUGGCUUCAACUGUCCUCAUAGUCCUUCAUGAUGUUAGCAUCAAGGACUUUAAAGAUCAUCUUGAUUGUUUUCCUUAUCUUAAAGAAAACUUUCCUAUCAAUGUAGAGAUGAUCACACCAAGUCAGUACGGUAGUACACUGGACCAUGAUGUAUAUGCAGUACCUCUGACCACCUCACAGUUGAAGCAUUACAUGAACAAUCCUGAGGUUGAGAGGAAGGUUGUAAAGCUGAUAUCAAGGGGUGAGGAAGAUGAGCCUAAUCGACAUGCUGUAAAGGACACGGAGAAAAACAGAUCCAUUGGAGAGAAAGAUAAGAUGAAAAGAGAUGUAGUACCUAGGACAAGCCUUCUGUUAACGGGAGCUCAGAUGAUGAUGGAGGGUUAUCCCAUGCCUGUUGCAACCAGUACAAAAACAUACGAGGAUUUUGUCUACAGCAAAGACCAGUAUUCAUGUGUAACAGACAACAGCCCACUGUUUGCUUUGGAUUGUGAAAUGUGCCUUACAAGCAUUGGAUCAAAUGAGGUGACCAGAGUUUCUUUAGUUAACGAGCAUAAUGAAGUACUUUAUGACUCGCUCAUUAAGCCAUACAAUCCCAUAGUCAACUACCUCACAAGGUGGAGUGGCAUCACUGAGGAAAUGCUAGAUCAAGUUACCACACGCCUUGAAGAUGCACAGAAAACCCUCCGUUCCCUUCUGCCUUCUGAUGCCAUUUUGUGUGGGCAGUCUCUUUGCAAUGAUCUUUGUGCUUUGAAAAUGUUCCACCCUUAUGUGAUUGACACUAGUGUUAUCUAUAACACCUCAGGAAACCGGGGAAUCAAAUGUGGCUUGAAAAGGCUAUCAACUUAUUUUCUUGGGCGACAGAUCCAGGACUCCAAGGGGGGUCACUGCUCCACAGAAGAUGCUAUUGCAACUAUGGACCUUGUGAAUCUGAAGUUGAGCAAAGGUCUUGAGUUUGGUGAUGCAGUACUGGGUGGAGCAUUCUUUCCAGAUAUGAAAACUUUUUUCAUGGGUUCAGAACCUAUGCAGCCUAUCCAAAAAAGACAAAGUUCUUCUCCAACACCAGAUUUUGACCUAGGUCCAGGAAUGAAAGGUUGUCAUGUCGACCAGAAACAUGUGAAGAAGGUAUGCACUGAGACCCUGAAGAAACUCACGAAGUUGGAGGUAGACAAACGAACAGUCUUUUUCCAGCAGCGAGGCAACACUUUGAUUCACAGCUUUUUCGAACUACUGGCUGAGAACAAGGUUUCAACAUGCAUCAUAGGCAAAAAAGAACUGGUGUCAAAGUAUACUUCGGAGAAGAAUUUGAUUUGUGUUGAAACUAAACGAGACAAAGAUACAAGAAUGGAAGGGGUGACUCAGAGUCUGGAUAAGAACUUUACCUGGAUCAAUCUUUAUGGCUUUGCAGACAUGUUAUUUGCAGAAUCAGCAGACGAAGAAGAAAGUCAGGAAACUAUGGAGGAAGCAAAGAAGAAAUUGUUCAGAAAGAUGGAUAAGCAUGUGAUGAAGCUCGUUUGUUGUCAACCUGAGAAAGUGCUGACCCUAGUAGUCUUGACUGGACGUACCGAAAGAGGCGAGCACAAGAAUGGUGCCACUUUUGUCAAAGUCACCUGAGUGCUUCAAUUAUUACUGCUGACAAUUUGAAAUGACUGUGUAAUGACAAGGUGUAGUCUGUGUUUGUAUGCGUGAAUGCAUGGUGAUGGAUGCACAAACAAUAAAGUGACCA